AGUAUUGAAAAUGACUAGUCUUGUUUUGGUUGCAUCCUCUCAUUACUAUAAUAUUAUUAUUACUCCAUUUUUGCUUCUCUAUAUAAUAGACCUCUAUUACACUCUAUUCUUCUCAUCAAACAAGCUUAUAUUAUUAUUCUUAUUAUUAUAUAAGCUAUAAUAACUUCAAGAAGAAAUCUUCAUAUAUAACUAAACAAGGUAUGGAGUCAGGCCAUUUUGUCAAUGAGGUUGUGCUAAAGAAUAAGGGAAAUGCAAGUUUUGGAGAUGAUGAUGAAUCUGAAAAUUAUGAGAAGAAGAACUUAACAACAAGAUCAUCAGGAGGGUGGAAAUAUGCAUAUCUUUUGCUAGUGAAUCAAGGAUUGGCAACAUUAGCAUUCUUUGGAGUUGGAGUGAACUUGGUGUUGUUCUUAACAAGAGUGAUUGGGCAAGAGACAGCUGAUGCAGCAAACACAGUGAGCAAAUGGACUGGCACUGUUUACUUGUGCUCAUUACUUGGUGCUUUUCUUAGUGAUUCUUAUUGGGGUCGCUACUUAACUUGUGCCAUCUUCCAACUCAUCCUUCUUCUGGGAAUAGGUUUACUAUCACUAUCUUCAUGGCUAUUCUUAAUAAAACCAAGAGGUUGUGGUGAUAGAGAUACAAAAUGUGAACCCACAUCAACAUUUGGCAUAGUCAUAUUCUAUGCAGCCAUAUAUUUAGUGGCCUUUGGCUAUGGUGGACACCAACCCACUUUAGCAACCUUUGGAGCUGACCAAUUUGACACUUCAAAAGAAAAAGAAAAAGAAAAUGUUAAGAACAACAAAGCUUCAUACUUUUGUUGUUUUUACUUCUCAUUAAAUCUUGGUUCACUUUUCUCAAACACUAUUUUGGUCUAUUUUGAAGAUAUUGGUAAAUGGAGUUUGGGAUUUACUCUCUCUUUUCUCUCAGCUCUUAUAGCUUUGGUUUCUUACUUGUGUGGUUCUAGUGGUUAUGUGUAUGUUAAACCGUGUGGAAACCCUAUUCCACGUGUCGCGCAAGUAUUUGUUGCAGCUGCUAAGAAGUGGGAUCUCGAGAAAGUUCGUGAAGAGGAGUUGUAUGAGGUUCAAGGUCCUCAAUCUGCCAUUAAAGGAAGUAGAAAGAUUUUUCACAGCAAUGAGAUUUCAUUUUUAGACAAAGCAGCAACUUUAACUGAGGAAGAUCUAAGAGGCCCCAAGAAUCCAUGGAGAAUUUGCACAGUAACACAAGUAGAGGAAGCAAAAUGUGUUUUGAAAAUGUUACCCAUAUGGCUUUGCACCAUAAUAUACUCAGUUGUGUUUACACAAAUGGCUUCCCUCUUUGUAGAACAAGGUGAUGUAAUGAGAACACAAGUUGGAAGCUUUCACAUCCCGGCUGCUAGUAUGUCAGCUUUUGACAUCUUCAGUGUCCUCAUAUGCACUGGAAUCUAUCGUCGAGUCCUUAUCCCCAUAGCUGGAAGGCUAAGUGGAAACCCUAAAGGCUUAACUGAGCUUCAAAGAAUGGGAGUAGGGUUAGUGAUAGGGAUGUUUGCGAUGUUAGUGGCAGGUAUAACAGAAAUAGAGAGGCUUAGACAUGUCACACCCAGUGAGAAGAAGAGCUCUAAAAGCAUAUUAUGGCAAAUACCACAAUAUGUUUUGGUUGGUGCUUCCGAAGUUUUUAUGUAUGUUGGGCAACUUGAAUUUUUUAAUGAACAAUCCCCAGAUGGGAUUAAGAGCUUUGGUAGCUCACUUUGUAUGGCCUCUAUCUCUCUUGGGAAUUAUGUGAGUAGCUUGCUUGUUAACAUGGUUAUGGGAAUCACAACUAAAGGUGAAAAGAAUGGUUGGAUACCUAACAACUUGAAUGAUGGUCACAUGGAUAGGUUUUAUUUCUUGAUUGCUAUCUUGACUGCCUUUGAUCUUGUCAUUUAUGUGUUUUGUGCUAAGUGGUAUAAAGGUAUCAAUUUGGAUAAUGGUAAUAGUGAUAAUCAUCAUCUUGUUGAAGAAUCAGAAGAUCAAAAUCGAGUUUUCGAAAGAGUUUAAAGUAUUUACUAUUACGAUAAAUUAUAUAUUUUUAAGAUGUUGAAGGGAUUAUUACGUCAAUAAAAUUUAAAGUAUUUUACUGUA